AUGUCCAUAAAGGCCGAGGAGAUUGAAGAGGGACGACCUCAGCACGAGCAAAACCACCAAUCAGUUUCAGAACAGACCAACUUGCCUAACUGCCUUGUCCAGUUCGAUCGAAAGCUGUUGCCCAUCGUAUGCUGCCUCUAUGUUCUCUCUUAUCUCGACCGAGGCAAUAUCGGCAAUGCCAAGGCAGCCGGCGCCAAGGCGGAUCUGGGUCUAAGCGACUCCGACUGGUCCUGGGUCCUCAACUCGUUCUACAUCUGCUAUGUGGCUUUUGAGUGGACUAAUCUGUUUUGGAAAAUCCUACCUGCUAGCAAAUACGUAGCAGUUCUCUGCGUACUCUGGGGGGCUGCUGCAAUGUCCUCUGGUGCUGCACAUAAUUUGGGAUCUCUAGCAGCCACACGCGCCUUUCUCGGCAUGUUUGAGGCCGCCUUUGGAGCCGGUGCACCUUAUUUUCUUUCAAUGUUCUACAAGCGCCGCGAACUUGGGUUCCGUGUCUCGCUUCUAAUUGGGAUGUCUCCGCUGGCCAACUGUUUCGCUUCUGCACUUGCGUAUGGGAUCACUCAAAUCCAUGGAUCAUUAGAACCUUGGAGAUAUCUAUUCAUCAUUGAAGGAGCUCCAACCAUCGCUUUCAGCCUUGUGACAUGGUUCUUCCUUGCCGAUUCUCCCGGAACUGCGAAAUACCUCUCAGAAGAAGACAAGACCUACGCCGUGGAAAGACUUCAAGUUCGAGACCGCACAAAAAAAACCGGCGUUCGUUGGGAUCAAAUAUUCGCGGGAAUGACUGACUACCAGAAUUACGUCCAUACGUUAAUUCAUUUUUGCAACAACUAUUCAUUUGCCGCAUUGUCAAAUUUCCUUCCAACAAUUGUACGAGAUAUGGGAUACUCUUCAGUCACUGCUCAAGGCCUUACGGCGCCGCCAUACUUCGCUGCUUUUGCAUGCUGCGUUGCGGCAGCCUGGGCUAGCGACCGAUACGGCAAACGUGGGUUUAUCGUCAGUGGUGGUGGUGCCAUUGGCACGGCUGGAUACCUUAUCCUUGUUCUUGUCCGCGAUGAGUCUGCUGUCGCCGCACGUUACGCUGGUAUUUUCAUGGCAUCUUGCGGAGUCUUUCCUGCGAUGUGCAUAAAUAUAACUUGGUUAUUAAACAACCAGGGGGGCGACUCCAAGAAGGGUGCCGGGCUCGCCAUUCUUGCCACACUGGGGCAAUGCUCGUCCUUUGUUAGCAGUGUGGUUUUCCCAAGUUCUGAUGCUCCCUUUUACACCAAAGGAACAGCAAUUGGCUGCGGCUUGACAGGUGUCACAUGCCUUUCUGCUCUUGCAUUACACUUUUUAUUGAAAAUGGAAAAUCAGCGAAGAGACCGCGAGUUGGGACCGGCAAAUGAAAACGAGACGGUUGAUGUCACGGAGCAUGGUGAUAAACAUCGCAACUUUCGCUACUUGACGUAA